ACAAUAACAUGUGUAAUAAUAAUUAUAUAAAAAAACAAAACAAAAAGAUGAUAUAGAUAAAAAAAAUUCCAUUCUCUUAUCAAGUUCUAGUGCUUCUGCAUUCAUCUCCCAAAAUUAUGAAUAUAAAAUCACAACUAUUUCAAAUAAAUAAAUAAAAUAUACUAAUAACUACAAUUAAAACGAAACUGAAGAGAAAAAAGAGAGAACAACAUGUUGGUGGCUGAAUCGAGUGGUCCGAGCCUUGAUAUUCCCGAGGAGUUACUGCAAGUUCUACCGUCCGAUCCAUUCGAACAACUCGAUGUGGCACGCAAAAUCACCUCCAUUGCACUUUCGACACGUGUCAACACUCUCCAAUCAGAAGCUUCGGCUCUCCGCGCCGAACUUGCCGAGAAAGACGGGCUCAUCGAUGAGCUUCAGGCUCAGGUUGAGCCUCUUCACGCUGCACUUUCUGAAGCCGCUGAUAAGCUUGCACUCGCUGAACAAGAUAAGGAGAAGUUGUUGAAGGAGAAUGCUUCACUUUCUAGCACAGUGAGAAAGCUUACUAGAGAUGUCUCUAAGUUGGAAGUUUUCAGAAAGGCGCUUAUGCAAUCACUUCAAGAAGAUGAUGACAAAUCUGGAGGAUCACCCAAAAUUGCGGCUAUGUUAAAUAGUCAGGCAAGUAUAACUUCCACAUCACAGCUUGGAGAUGAAGAUGCUGCUCCAUUGCCACCUUCUCGAUCAUCUCCAAUGCGAACCAAUACUUCUGAUGCAGGAAAUUCUUCCGUAGAGGAUCGUGAAUCUAAUGGUGGAAAAUCUCAAGUAUCAUCAUCAUAUAACAUUCUGUUAGCAUCUCGAACUACGACCCCUCACAUUAGUCCUCCUGGUUCCCCUCCUACUGUUUCUGCAUCUGUUACACCAACGAGAACAUCUAAACCGGCGUCUCCAAGGCGUCAUGCGGUUUCCUUACAAAUUGACAGGUCUUCAAUGUUUUCCUCAACUGGUUCAAUGUCUAGCGUUGGCGCAGGGUCACACACCGGACGAACACGGGUAGAUGGAAAGGAGUUCUUUCGCCAAGUCAGGAGCCGUUUGUCUUACGAGCAGUUUGGUGCAUUUUUAGCAAAUGUUAAGGAAUUGAAUUCCCAUAAGCAAACAAAAGAGGAUACACUAAAGAAAGCUGAUGAGAUCUUUGGGCCUGAAAACAAAGACCUCUAUACUAUAUUUGAAGGAUUGAUUACUCGUAAUGUCCACUAAUUUAUUAUUCUUGAUUAAGUUUAAUCACAUAAAAUUAUUCCUAGCUUGUAAUAUCUGAUAUCUCCUCUACUUCAGCAUCUCUCUUUUUUUUUCCAGCUGUGAAUUUGCAUGACUGUAAGUUUGAAUUGAGGAAUGACUUUUUUCAGAUAAAACAUUAGGGUUAUACCAUUAA